UACCUAUAAAAGAACGUCGAGUAGCAUUAUCACUAUUAGAUUGAAAACGAUCAGUCCUAUAACAACUUCAAAAUGUUUAAAUUUGUUGCCUUCGCUGCUUUAAUUGUUGUUGCUGCAGCUACACCAGCUCCAGAACCGAAAGCAGAUCCAAAGGCUCAAUUACUAGCUGCAGCUGUUAGCGCUCCAUUGGUAUCGGCUCCUCUAGCUGCUGCUCCAAUAGCUGCCGCUUACAGCGCCCCUCUAGCUUAUUCUGGUUACUACGCUCCAUCCGUCUAUGCAGCUGGUUACACUGCUUAUUCUCCAUAUGCUGCUUCCUAUAUUUUGGUUGCCUUCGUUGCUCUUAUUGUUGCUGCUGCUGCCACUCCAGCUCCAGAACCAAAGGCAGAUCCAAAGGCUCAAUUACUAGCUGCAGCUGUUAGCGCCCCAUUGGUAUCCGCUCCCUUAGCUGCUGCUCCAAUAGCUGCCGCAUACAGUGCUCCUCUGGCUUAUUCUGCUUAUGUCGCUCCAUCUGUCUAUUCGGCCGGAUACGCCGCCUACUCUCCAUAUGCUGCUUCCUACAUUUUGUAAAUUUGUGUUUUAAAUAAAAUUAU